AUGUCCAACUUAUCAUACAGUGCAAGAGCUGCGGCACAUACCAGUCCAGUCGCUUCAAAGCUUCUAAGGAUCAUGGAAGAGAAGCAAACAAAUCUUUGUGCUUCAUUAGAUGUACGUACUACUGCUGAAUUACUGGCAAUUGUAGAGCAAGUCGGUGCUAAUAUCUGUCUGUUGAAGACUCAUGUUGAUAUUCUAGAUGAUUUCACAAUGGAAGGAACUGUGAAACCAUUGAAGGCUCUGGCCGCUAAAUAUAAUUUUUUAAUCUUUGAAGAUAGAAAAUUUGCUGAUAUUGGUAAUACAGUUAAAUUACAAUAUUCUAGUGGUGUCUAUAAGAUUGUUGAAUGGGCAGAUAUCACCAAUGCACAUGGUGUUACUGGUGAAGGUAUAGUACGUGGCUUAAAGGAAGCUGCUCAAGAGAAUACCAAAGAACCUCGUGGUUUGUUAAUGUUAGCAGAAUUAUCCUCAAAGGGUUCAUUAGCACAUGGUGAAUAUACUCGUGGAACAGUAGAAAUCGCUAAGAGUGACAAAGAAUUUGUUAUUGGUUUCAUUGCACAAAGAGAUAUGGGUGGUCGUGAAGAAGGAUAUGAUUGGUUAAUUAUGACACCUGGUGUUGGUUUAGAUGAUACUGGUGAUGCAUUAGGUCAACAAUACAGAACAGUAAACGAUGUUGUGUCGACUGGUUCAGAUAUCAUCAUUGUCGGUAGAGGUCUGUUUGGUAAAGGUAGAGACCCAGCAGUAGAGAGUCAACGUUAUAAGAAAGCUGGUUGGGAUGCUUAUUUGAAAAGAUUACAAUAA